AUGGAAAAGGAGAAUAGACCAUUCAAUGAAGACAAAGAAAGAACAGAAAAUACUUCUAAUGAGAAAAAUGAGAAUUUAACUUCUAAAGAAAAAAAAGGAAAUGAUAAUAAGAAAAACAGUAAGAAUUCUCAUAAAUUAGUAAACGAAUCUAAUACUGAAAAAGAAAAAGAUAUAGAGUUAAAAAAAAAAUAUAUAAAUAAUAAUGAUUUAAAAUCUGGUGAAAUUAAAUGUAUUACUUUUUCUUAUACUAUAGAUAAUAAAAGCGAAAGUAAAAACAAAGAAGCAAAUAUGAAUGAAAUUUAUAAAUUAAAUUUUAAAAACAAUGAGGACAAUGAUGAAGAAUGUAAAAAAAGUAAGACACUAGAAAUUUUAGAAGAAAGCUUAGAAAAACAAAUUAAAACUGCUGAAGAAAAUGCUAAGACUAUUUUUUUUAUGGAAAGUAAAAUUAAUGAAUAUUUAAAUAAAGAAAAAGAUCUUUCUAUUUAUAAAAAUACCUUACAAGAGGAAGAUAAUGAUAAAAAAAAUAAAGAAGGUAAAGAAAAAACUCUAGUUAAAAAAUAUGAAGAAAAAACAAAUUUAGAUAAUCAAAAAGAAAGCUCUGGCAUCUUAAUAAAUGAAGGAAAUAUAAAUACAGUAAUAAUAAAAGAAGAUAAUAAUUAUAAAAGUAAUAAAAAUGAAAGAGGGGAGACUGCAUAUGAGAAAAAUAUAAUUGAUGAAUUAUUUUAUGAUAACUAUUAUGAACAAAAUGAUGAUGUAGACGUUUGGAGAAAUUUAAAUUAUGCAUUUGUUGAAGAUAUAAAAAUACUAAAUAUAUAUGAAGAUAAAAAUGAAAUAAGUAAGUUUAAUGAAGAAAAAGAAACAGAAACUAAAAUUAAAAAAAAAAAAAUGAGAAAACAUUUAUUGAAGUCUAUUGAAGGAGAAGAAGAAAAUGAGUUAGAGAAAAAUAUAAAAUAUGAAAAGGAAAAAGAAAAAGAUAAAACAGAAGAUUUUGAAAAUAAGAAAAAUGAAGAUGAUAAAGAUAACGAAGCAAAAAAGUUGUCUUUAAAUGCUAUUGAUAAAUCUUUUAUACAAGUACCUUUAAAAUGUAUAUUAAAUACAUUCAGAAAUAUACAAAAGGAAUUAGAAAAAAAUAUUAUGAUAAUAACUUUAUUUAUUGAAAAAAAAUUAACAAAUUUAAGUGAUGAUAUAUGUGUAGAUAAAUUAAAUACUAUAAUAGAAAAAUUACAAGUUUUAAAAAAUAAAGUUAAUGAAUCCAAGGUAUUACUAAAUAAAUACAUUAAAAGAUUAGUGAAUAGACUUAAAUAUAUUUAUUUUGAGGCAGAUAUUCAACUAGAAAAUUUGAAACAUGAUUUUCGAUUUGAAACCUAUGAAAAUAGAAUAAAUUGGUUAAUAGAUGAAUAUUUAUCAAGAUAUGGAUAUUUUGAUACAGAAGAAGUAUUUUGUAAAAGAUAUAAAUUAGAAAAUUAUUCAGAUGCUGAUAUAUAUAAAGAAUAUUUAGAAAUAAUAAAUGAAUUAAAAAAUCAUAAUACGAAACCAGCAUUAGAAUGGUGCCAAAAAUAUAAAUCACAAUUAAAAAAAAUUGAUUCUAAUAUAGAAUCAGAGUUGCAUUUGCAACAUGUUAUCAAUUUAAUAUUUGAAAAAAAGUUUUUUGAGGCUGUUGAAUAUAUUAAAAAAUUUGUAUCCCAGUCAGAAAGUUGUAUCUCAUCUGAUAUAAGAUAUAUCAUUACACAUAUAGGUUUAAACAGUAGUACAUUAUCAUUAAAAUUAUUUAACGAAAAAAGAUGGAAAAAGGUAAUAAAGUUAUUUAAAAAAGUAUAUUCAGAAAUAUCAGGAGUAUUAAAUAAACCAUUGCUUGAAUUAUUAUUAAAAGCAGGUAUUUCAGUAAUAAAGACAGAUCAAUGCGGAAAAAAAAAAUCAACGAAAUGCCCAACUUGUAUGGAUGAAUUAAAAAAUACUAUCAAUCAUUUGCCUAAUAUACAAAAAACAAGAAGUUUUUUAGUUUGCCCAUUUACAAAUGAGGUGAUGGAUGAAAAAAAUCCUCCUUUUACUACACCAGAUGGGCAUGUCUUUUCAGAAAAAGCUAUUUCAUUAUUUCGUAAAUCAGAUGAUAUUUUCGUAUGCCCUGUAACAGAAGAAGCAUAUCGUAUUGAAGAAUUGUCAAGAUUAUUUAUAUGA